UCAGUAACGUCACGCUUGCAGGAGAAAAAGAAAGAAUUUGAGGCCGUUGCUGCCCUUGAACGUGCUAGCGCUCUUGUCCUCAAGCGCAUCGAAGGUCUUGCAGAUGAUUGCGAAGUUAUGGCUGACGCUGGUCAAGGUAUAUUCCUCUCAUCUUGA